AUGGGAAGAAAAAUCUUAUUUGGCUUUGCACUUCUUUUUUUAUGUAUGGGAUUUUCACUAACUUUGGAACAGAUAUUUUCCAGGAAGAAUGUAAGUUCUCAAACAUCUUCAAAUAAAGAAGUGGUUGUGAGUGAUCAACAGAAAAAUGGAGAUAUGAAACCAGACCAGAAUUUCACAAUAAUACCUAUCACACAGGCUCCUAACUACAAUCUGAGCAAAGACGGACACUUAGAAAAACAACGUUGGAAUGCUUUCAGCCAUCAUAACCCGGUUAAUGUCUCCAUUGAUGGAAUUCCCUGCAUUCUCUUCUGGGCCAAAAGAAUCAUAAUUAAAUUUAAGAAUCAGACCUGGCUGGACCUUGCAGAUGAAACACUUAGUGAAAAGACAACAGUGGACACUGGCAACUCACACUGCAGUGAUGAAGGUGCCGUAUUGUCUCUGAAGUUUGAUGAGGCUGAAAAUCCCAAAAGUCUUGAAAUAAGAUUCAUCUUUACCAAUUACAACAAGUUGUCCAGGCAGAGUUGGUUUAGUCUGCACCGAGUUGAGGUUAUUUUCAACAAUUCAGUUCAAGCAACAUUUAAUGCAACGGGAAUAUACGCUUUGUCAAGUUACUCCUACCACUGCCAACGCAUCAGCAGCCUGGAGCCACAGGAAGCCCUCUUGUUACCCAGCGACUCGAAUGUCCUGUCAAGCUCUUGGGAGGUCACUUUUAUUGAUUUCCAGAUCCAAGGCUUUACCAUCAAGGGAGGGCAAUUCUCCAAGGCCCGAGACUGUGCCUCUUCCUUUUCACCUGCUGUUCUGAUUGGCCUGGCUAUGUCGCUGAUCCUGCUGCUGGUGCUGGCCUACGCCCUACACAUGCUCAUCUACCUGCGCUACCUGGACCGGCACUAUGACUUCAUCACCUCUCCUGCCCACUUCCCAUCACUUAGAGUUCGAGACCGGGCAGAGCAGAAGGAAUUGCUUAGGAGCCAGGGAAUCGAAUAUUAUGAGUUGAGGAGCCAACAGAUCUGCAAAAUCUAUGUUUAA